UUCCACAAGCACGUACGCGUCGCGUUUUGUCGUCGUCCGUUCGGUACAUAUAAUUUUCAUACAAAAAUUGUGAGCAAAAGUUAACUCUUCGUGGUCGUCUUAUCUUGUCACUGUGCUUCGCGUGUGAUAAUGCAGUGCAUCGAAUGUACGAAAAAAUAAAAACGAAAAAGUGCGACGUUAAAAAAUGAGCACUGAAAAAGUACAGCUUUUCUGCAGCUCGUCACUCUGAAGUGCAGCAAUUUUUUUCUGGUAGCACAGCCCAGCAAGUGUCUAGUAAAGAAGUUUAUUGAAGAUGUUGGCAAAAUUUUGUGCAUGAAGUGUUUUUCGGAUUGUGGCAGAUUGCCCGUGCGGAUCACGAAUCGAGUGUGAGGUGUUGUGAAAAAAAUGGUGCCGGGGACAAAGUGCUGAAUUGAAGGGAAAAUGAUUCCUAGUUUCUGGAAAAGAAGGGCGUGCGAAGAAUAAAUGGUAAAGGAAAACAACGGAACGUAGGCGAAAUCGUAUUGGUUUUCCCAUACAGUACCGAAUAUCUUGGAAGAUUUCGAUUCAGUGCACAGGAUUUUCGGAAGAUUAAUAUUUGAUUCUGAAGAUCAAGAUUCGGGCCAGAGAAAGUUGUGAGGUUGUAUUGCCUGUGUGCGUGUGCGAAUUCAGUCGGUAAUCUACUGUAGUGUUGGUGUGAAUGUGACCAUUCUGUGUGAUGGCCGAUGUUCGCCAUUGAGUAGAGUAUAAUAAUAAAUAAAAAUUGUGAAAACAGCGGCCGAAGCCAGCAUCAAUAGCAGAGCGCGCGUGAGAGAGUAGAAACACAUCACCAAACAGCAAGAACAGCCGCCAAUAGUGGGAUUCGAAAGCGCAGUGUUGAUCAUUGUACAGUGUAUUUUAAAUGUAACUUGUAGUGUUGUAAAUAUUUGAAGCCAUGGUGGCCGAAAUGAAAGCUAUUUCUUUGAGAAAGCAAUCGACAUUCUGCACAGAGUUUUUAACAAAUUAUCGUAUUCUAUGUGUGCUUUCUGUAAACCAGUGACUUCUGGAGUAACAAAAAAAACGAGUCAAUGAAAUGAAGGCAAAUUGCACCUGAUGAUCGGUAAAUUUCAUCUAUCCAAAACGAGAGGAAAAACUUUCUAGGCGGGGCCGCAAAUGAAAACGUCCCAUUUCCGCUCAAACUACGACUUUUCCGGUCGCCCAACAGUAGUUUCUUCGUCGCGGUUGCUAUCUGCGUCACCGUCCUUGCGGUAUUCUAAUCAAGAGAAUCAGCACUGUUCGACAGCAGCGAAUAGUUGUUUAUCUCAUUGCGAUCGACAACAGCAACAACAACAACAACAUCGGCACGAUCAGUACGUUGAGUUUCGCGAAGGAUUUCUGCGUCGAAGAAGUAGAAGCCGAAGCGGUCCCGAAGAACGUUUUAUCCGGGAGGGAUUCCAUUUGUUGUCACCUGUCAGUCGGCUGGCCUCUCCGCAGCGAGCACUAAACUGCGAAGAUCUCCAGUGUACCGCCGUUGAACGAAACGCCAUCUUGCGGCAUCAACUGUCACCGUACGACAAACACUCGCCGACACGUGGCAAUGACGAACCGGUCGUUUCCGGCAUAACCGGAAGUAACAACAGUAGCAACAGUAGUUACCGUCGUCAUCAUCAUCAUCAUCAUCGUAGAAACGAGGCUUGGUUGGAAAGUCUGCCGUCGAGCAGCUAUCGACGUCAGAACAUCACUGGCGAGUAUACCUCGGAAGAAGUACCAUCCGUGCCGAAUGUGGUUAUAAUCGACGGUAGCCAAUUGUGGCAUCAACAGCAGCAGCAGCACCAGCAUCCGGUGCCGGUAUCGGUCAUUUACGAAACGUCAUCGUCACGGUACGAUGGUGGAUUGAAUUCUCAUCGUCAGAAUCAGCAGCAGCAGCAGCACCACCACCACCAUCAACAAACGAAUAACGCGAAUAACCUGCUCGGUAACCUAAACCUAAACCUCCACCACCACCACCAUCACGACCAUCGGCCAGCUGCUGACUCUUUGGCAGACGAAGACUGUCAAAGCGAGAUCAGCCAGCAACAACAAAUCGAAACCACCGGUGCCAGUGGUGGACACAUCAAGUAUUCCGGAGCAGCAGCAGCAGCGGUUCCAGUCGCAGCCAAACGCAAACGUGAUACAGCUGAGUGCGAUUGUGGUUGUGUAGAAAGUGCUACGGUUGUUUUGGCCAGUGCCACUCUCACCAGUACCACCAUCAACACCAAUAGUAAUAACAAUAGCUGCACCAACACCACGCGCAAAGACAGCGGCGGCAGCGACACCAUAGUUGCGGCUUCCUCGGGGGCUAUGGGUGCCCCAUCCAACGGUACCAAAACGGCACAUUCUAAGGUGGCUACGGGAGGAGGUCAUGCCAACACGCAGACCUCCAGCAAACGCUCCAGCAGUGGCGCCGAUGGGGACUACCAGCUGGUGCAGCACGAGGUGCUGUACUCGCUUUCCGCACAGUAUGAGGUGUUGGAGUUCCUCGGUCGGGGUACCUUCGGUCAGGUGGUGAAAUGCUGGAAAAAGGGCACCAGCGACAUUGUGGCCAUCAAGAUCCUCAAGAACCAUCCGUCGUAUGCGCGCCAGGGCCAGAUCGAGGUGUCGAUACUGUCCCGGCUCAGUCAGGAGAAUGCGGACGAGUUCAACUUUGUACGGGCGCUCGAGUGUUUCCAGCACAAGAAUCACACCUGUCUGGUGUUCGAAAUGCUCGAGCAGAAUCUGUACGACUUUCUGAAGCAGAAUAAAUUUUCGCCACUGCCCCUGAAGUACAUUCGGCCGAUUCUGCAGCAGGUUCUAACGGCGUUGUUGAAGCUAAAACAGCUCGGUUUGAUUCACGCUGAUCUGAAACCCGAAAACAUCAUGCUGGUCGACCCAGUUAGGCAACCGUACAGGGUGAAAGUAAUCGAUUUUGGUUCGGCGUCGCAUGUUAGCAAAACGGUGUGCAAUACGUACCUGCAAUCGCGCUACUAUCGCGCCCCGGAGAUCAUCCUCGGUUUGCCAUUCUGCGAGGCCAUCGACAUGUGGUCCCUGGGUUGUGUCGUGGCGGAACUAUUUCUCGGGUGGCCACUAUACCCGGGAUCCUCUGAGUACGAUCAAAUCAGGUACAUAUCGCAGACACAGGGUCUCCCAACCGAACACAUGCUGAAUAGUGCCAGUAAAACGGCCAAGUUCUUCUAUCGGGAUGUCGAUUCUACGUAUCCAUUCUGGCGACUGAAAACACCCGAAGAACACGAGGCAGAAACAAACAACAAAAGCAAAGAGGCACGCAAGUACAUUUUCAACUGCCUGGACGAUAUCGGACAGGUAAAUGUGCCUACCGACAUCGAAGGUGGGCAGCUGCUCGCAGAGAAAACCGACCGGCGAGAGUUUAUCGAUUUAUUGAAGCGAAUGCUUACGAUCGAUCAGGAACGACGGAUAACUCCGGGUGAAGCGUUGAACCAUCCGUUCACGACCCUGGCGCAUCUGGUGGAUUACGCCCACUGCAACAACGUCAAAGCGUCCGUCCAGAUGAUGGAGGUGUGCCGAAGGACGGACUCAAUGAUCCACACUUACAAUCUUAGCGUUCAACCAACGACAGCCACGUUGGUAACGAAUUUCGUCCCGAACGCUACCGAGAACAUGACCAUUACGUUCAACAAUCAGGUACAGCGAAUUGUGCGUGAGCGGGGUCCCACGUACGAUAACCACCUGUAUCAGAUCUAUCGGGGACGUGGCAGUCAGUACAGCAACGCUCGGCCGGACGCGUUCCAGCAUCAGCUAGUGUCGAGUAUCCUCUGCCCGCCGGGCUAUCAGACGAUGCCAAGUCCGACGAAGCACGUCGUCGUCGGUGGUACCUCGAUGCAGCCUCCGCUGCAGGUUCCCCCGCAGCAGUACGUCAAUGUUCCUGUUCCCGUGUCGAUGGUAGAACCGUCAUCCGGUCAGCGCAUGCUGCUGACCAACGCGGUUCAACCGAAUGUCGCCUGGCCCCAAAGUGGUCGCCAGGUAGCGAUUGUGCCAUCGUGGCCGCAACAGACCGGACCGCACUCGCUGAUCGUGGACUCGGCACCGUUUCUCAACGUGGAGGAAAUCUAUCCGAAACCGCACCUGAACAUCCAGACUAGACACGAACCGAAGAAGGAAUCACCGGUGCAUCAUUUGGUUGUCUCGCGUCACGACAAGAAGGAGAACAAUCAGCUGUCGCCGGUGAAGAAACGCGUGAAGGAGAACACACCACCGCACCAGCAAAGGUACAACAAUCGGACUCACAUGUGCCAGCAGUAUCACGAUGUGGGCGGUUCGUCAUCGUCGUCAUCCUUCUAUCAUGGUGGUAGCAACAGCAACCAGCUACAGCAGCAGGUCCAACAGCAGCAGCAGCAACAGCAACAACAACAACAGCAGCAGCAACAACAACAAAGCCAGCAACCAUCCCAUCAUCACCAUCAAUCGCACCAGCAGUCGCAACAGCAGCAACAACCAGCGCCACCGCCUCCAAUGCAGCAGGUCAGCGGUAGCGGAAGUAGUCAUCAUCAUCACCAUCACUACCAAUCGAUGGAACCGAAUCAGAUGAGCAGCAGCGGUGGACUGGGCGGUGGAUCGAGCAAUGUACAAAUGCACCAUUCGUCGUCCUCGUCUUACGGCGGUGGCGGCGGCAAUGGCAGCAAUAUGAUGAUGGGCAGUGGAAGUAUUUAUCAUGGAUCCGGAAAUGGUCAUCAUCACGGUGGAAGCAACAACAGUCACAUACACCACAGUCACAGUCAUAGUGGUGGAUUGGCAAGCAGCAGUAGCAAACAGCAGACGAUUACGAUUCACGAUACUCCAUCGCCGACGGCUGUUAUCACUAUUUCGGACAGCGAAGAUGAAACACCGGAGGUGAAGCAACAGCAUCAACAGCAGCUUCAGUCUUCUAGCAGCUCAAAGUCACAGCAACAUCAAUCGACCAGUAUGUGCGGAGGUGGACCGGGUUCUAGCAGUGGCCUACAUCUCCGAGGGCAUCCCUCGUCAAACAGUGGCAGCUCUUCCUCCUCGAAUCAAUGUCGAGCGAACAUGGGCAUGAGUGGCAAUGUGGGAGGAAGUAGCAGCAGCACGAUCAGCUGCGGUAUCAAACCAUCUUCCUCUUCGUCGAAUAUUCAUCACUCAUCUUCUUCGUCGUCGCUGGUUGCAUCAAGUCAGCAACCACCACCACCCAGCUCGCACCAUCAUUCGCAGUACCACAUGCAUCAUGCUCCGCAGCCUCACUUACAUCCACAACAGCAGCAGCAGCAGCAACAACCACCACCGCAACAUCACACCAGCGUGAUCAGCAGUGGUAGUCAGGCCAGUAUAUGUGGGGGUGGCAGCAGCAGCAGCAAUACAGGAACUUUGUCCAGUCGACAGAGGAAGAGCACGGCGGUUGCUUCCACUUCGACAGCAUGCGUCACCGUAGGCGACAGCGACGGGGAGAAUGAUCGUCGUAAUACGCCUAAACAUCAAACCAUAAAGUACGAACAGCACGUGGGACAAUCGCAGAAGAAGAGACUACUGGCGAUGGCUCAGAAUGAAUGUCUCCUUUCGUCCACCAAUCAGUUGCACGUACCAAAACAAGAACCUACCGAGUUUGUAGCGUACGAAUACCCUCAGAUGGACAAGCGUUCUUCGUGGGCUCCACCGGGUUCCUCGUCCCACUACGGUGGUAACAGUAGCGGCAGUGGCCACAAGCGCGAAUCGUCCAACUAUCUACCAUCGUCAUCCUCGUCGUCGUCUAUCAAUCAGGGUGGUGGAAACGGUGGAAACAUGAUGGGUGGCAGCAGCAUGGGAGGAUCGACUAUUGUGGCAGCCCCUCCCCAUGCGCACGCGAAGAACACUCCCACCGGAAGCGGCUCGUCUUGGGGUGCUCCCGUGUACCGGCAACAUCAGCAGAGCUCCAACACUCCGUUGGGAAGUUCGCCGGGAGCGAUUCUUCAGCAGCAGGAUAUCUACGCCCAGGGUGACAUCUAUCGACGGUCGGCAGUGUUUGUGUCGCAGGCACCGUACCAAACGUACAACCGCGUUGUGCCUCCACCAGCUCACAACGCAUCCAGCAGACAGGUUCUUCCUACGCAUCCUCUUCCGGCACACAUACAGUUCCCGACACAGUACAGCCAGUUUGCGCCGCUGAGCCCAGCCCAGAUUGCUAACAAACACUAUGCGUGGUUCGGCGAGUAAAAAAAAAACAAACUUCGCAACGUUACCUCUCUACAAACAACUCACAAUACCGCAACGAGUUGGAGGUACAUUUUUGUAGCGGCAGUACUGUUUUGUUUUUUUUUUAAAAAUCAGAAUGAAGUUGGUAACACUGGAGAAAAUAUUGGCUACGUAAUAGGCUGCGAUUGGCGGCUGAUCGUCGCUGCUUGAAUACCGCCUCGUUAGGAGAGUAGGCUUUCAUUAGUAUUUUUUUUUUUUUUUUGAGAGCAAUUUUUCAGCGGAAUGAUAUAUUUUUAAGCGUCUUUCUUCGGAGGUCCAUCAGGUUAUAAUACUGUAAACAAGUAUAUUUUGUUGUUGAAAUUUGCGCCUGUUUGUUGUUCUCUCGCAGCAGAAAACGCAGACUGCACUCGUGAGAGAAAUUGGUUGGCGAUGGAUCACAAACACACAAAAACUAUUAAUUUAGGAGAUUUUUUUUUCGUUUGUUUAAUCAAUUCACUUUUGCUAUGCUAAACAAAACUCUAGGAUAUAGGGACAAAGAUUGUCAUUUUAAAAUCACCUUUCCCUCCUCUUGUAUAGUUCGAGAUAUAAACACACACACACACACGUACACAAACGAUUCACAGUUCUAAACCUUUAAACAUUAUAAAUACAUAUGUGUGUGAGCAACUACUAAAUAGUGAUAGAAAAAGGAAAUGUGUAGUGUCUAGUAUUUAGGAGCCGGUUGCAACCCCGCCCUUUCAUCCUUGGCUUCACUCUUAGCCACUGAUUCGGCGGCGUAGACUUGGAACGAAACCAGGUUGAAGGGCGAACGGGAACUGAAACGUGCUGAAUGUGAUUUUUUUUAUCUAAUACUUAGAUAUAGUUCGAAAUUGUUUGAAUUUUGUGGCUCUGUUAAUGCAAGCUAAUCCGCGAAUGUGUGGGCAAAUCGAGCAAACGAGAAUGGAAACAGAGCAAAACGAGUGUGUAUUAAUCAAUCAGGAAAGGGAAAAUUAGCAUGAGUUUGAAAUCGAACCUACAUAGAUCUCAUAUUAUUCCUGCAUUUCUGAACUGUUCACCGAAAUGAGGGAAAAAUUAGCUCGGCUAUCCGUUAACCCGGAGAGACUCGUUCGGUCAAUUCGUUCCAGGAAUGCCUCCAACAGCUGAUUUUAGGCUAAACUGUUUGCAAAUUCGGGUUGAAUUAUGAUUUAUACUUUUGUUUUGUUUUAAACAUAAUCCUAUGGCUUUAUUGUGCGACUAAAGCAAAUCAGUAGGGGUUAGGUCAGCCCACGUAAACACACACACACACGUAAACAUACCCACACCAACAAACACUCAAACACACGUUUAGAAGUCAACUCUUUGUAAAUAUAGUUCGUAGUUUUUGGGGAAUUCGUGGGAACGAGCAGAAGGAAAAUACUGAAACAAUAAUAUAUUUUUGUGCAUAUUUUAUAUUUAUAUAUAUCUGUAGCAAGAAAAAAGCAUACAAAACAAGAAAGUCGGAAAAAGUCGGACGCAUAUAAUAAAGGAAAUCAUUGUUUUGAAAAUAUGAAAGACGGCGUUAUGAUGUCGCAUGAAUUAGAUAAUUGCAAAAGGAAAACAAACAGACAAAUAGACUGGUUUUUGGAGUUGUGAGGGGGGUCUGGGGUUAGGUGAAAUCACUCCGUGAUUAGGUUGUGAAUGCUUCUAAUUUUAUGGACCAUGAAUUAAGUUAGGAUGCAGUGAGGACAAAACGUUUCGGCACAUGGUUUCGUUCGUUUCAAUUUUUUGACUGCGAUUUCGGCUCAGAAAGUUGGAAGGUUGGGUUUAACAUUGCUGCGAAACCUUAGGCAAAAAUGAAUUCGCUACAUGAGUUUUUUGUUUAAUUUCAAUUGGUUUUGAAUAGUGGCCUAUUUGCAGUGUUUUUUGUUUCAAGUAUAUGGUAUAUUUUUUGUCAAAUUUUUUCCGUGAGAUAAUUGAGUUUUUUUUUAAUUCGGAGGACAGCCUUACAAGUGGAACUAAUAUGCUGCAUAUGUUUCAUAGAAAUAGUAUUUCUGUUUGUACAAUGAUUAGUCAAAACACGGGUAAAUUGAGAUUGAGAUUUGCUCAUUUUCGGCUAGUAUUUGUUGAUAAAAUAUUUUCCAUACUUUGACAUAUCAGAUUUUAUCCAAAACUAAAAUCUUAUCUUUUGUUUCAAAACCGUUACUUAGCCCUGAUUUUAACCUUACUUGUAAAUUUCGUAUUUUUAUUGUUACUAAAGACAUUCGAUGGUAUCGUAAUUAGCAAAUACGUAAGGAUGCCAUAGAAACAUGACUAUGAACCGACCUGAGUGGCGCCCGAGUUCAGCUGAACAUGAUUGGUUUCUUCUGUUAAAUUAAAUUGUUUCUUCUUGUUUUUAACAUCCAAUGUGGUUUAAUUGGCAAAACAAAUUCCCCGGAUUAGGAAAAGUUUCGGGCUCGAUUUCCACUUUUACGGUACCUUUUUCGCCAAUUCUCUUUUCUCUCUUUCAUUCGUCAGCUUUUUGUCGUGAAUACGACUUACUUUACUAUUGGGCGCCUUUUCAAAAUUUACCCUGAACAAGAAUGGGUAGAAUUGAGUUUAACGGAGCAACAUAAUUUUGUUUUAUAACAUCGGAAAUAUGAUCUGCAAUUUAUGUCAAAAUUUCCAAUGAUAUGAGAUAAUCACAAAAAACUCAGAAUUAAAGUUUUCAAAAAUGUUUGGUAUGAACGAGCUUUAGGGAGAAAUUUAGUGCCAAAAUAAGGCGCGCAAAAUUUCCACCACAUGAAUUGAACGAUUCGUCGCACAAAGCGUAUCGAGAAAAACCGACACAUAGAAAAACCGAAUAUUUUCAUUUGUUGAGUGCAGUGAGCUUACGACAUACUUAGACAAGGGUUUGACAAGUAAGUUAUUAAAAUUUAUGUCAUAUUAAUUCCCAAUUUAAAUUUAAAAGAUGGCAAAAAUCGAUUUGUUGUGGAUUUUUCAAUUUAUGAAUGAAUUUGAACAUUGUAAUUUUGAUUUGAGUGGCUUUGUGCCCUACACAACCACUCAUUAUUUUGCUUUUAUGUGCUCCGCCUUAUAAUUGUACCGUUACAAUUGUGUACGUAAUGCAUAGAAAGUUUGCAAAAUUCUCACAUCCAAUCAACUAGUACAUGCGAUUAUCGAUGUUCGAAUAUUUGGAAAUGAAGCAUGUAUUCCCUGACAUUACCCUCCCGCCUUUUUUUAUUCUUUUUUUAGUUGAAUACUGGAGUAAAAUUUAAAAUAUUUGCUUUUCAAUUUGGAAUUUUCUACCAAAAAAUAAACGCAAUAGUCCCUGCUCGCAUAUCAGUCUCAAUUCGAUUUUCGCCAUUUUUGAGUUAGCUAUCCUUUAUAAACUUUUAGAAAUUGCAAUAACAAUAGUAAAACGUGAAAAAAAGUCAACUCCUGUCUGUCCCAUAUGCAUACGGAUAUCGGAAAACUCUUUAUAAAUUUAUCCGUUGAUUGUAGCAUUAGGGACAAAAAGCUUAUUUAUUUUGCCACAUCCACAAAUUGCUUGUCAAACAGAAAAAAAAAUCGAAAGAAGUAUUUUUCUUUGAAACAUUUCCGAUUCAGUGAGGCCCGUAAAUGUGUUAAUAACGCGGUUAAAGGGUAAAUUUGGAUUAUUAUUUACUCUCCUAAUUAUUGUGGUGCCGCCGUGUAUUUGUUUACAGUUUAAAAGUUGAUCAAAGGUUCAUCAUUUGAGUUUAAAAAUUGCAAGUCGCUCCUUAAUGCUGGAAACGUAUACAGGGCAAUCUUUUUAGUUCUUUGUACUAUGGAACACGUUUUUAACAGGUACUUUUUCGUCAUUUUUGAAUUAAUUCAUAAUUCAGUCGCCAAAGAAAAAGAAACAAACCACCGGCAGCUGUCAAAGAUGAACUUGAUUCAUCAGCAGUUCAAUUGUGUCGUCAUUGUGUAAAAUCUAGAUAGGUUUUGCACGAUGACGACACAAAUGAACUGUCGUUGAACCAAAUUUAUUUUUGACAGUUACCGUGUGUUUGUUUCGUUUUGCGACUGCAAACUAAGAAUUGGAAAAUGACGAAAAAGUGCCUGUUAAAAACGUGUUUCCCAGUGAAAAGAACUAAAACGAUUGCCCUGCAUGCAUUUCCAGUAUCAGGGAGUGAUAUUUGUAUAAAAAGAUAGUGUGAGGCGAGUUGCAAUUUUUAAAUU